UGGCGCCCCUUGCCCACCGCAGGAGAGGCUUGCAAGCGCAGCAGAUGAUCCUCAGGGCCCAGCCUGUGAGUCCCACGCCUGCUCUAGUCCCCGGCCAGGCGCCAGCCUUCCCUCUCCUCUCCUGCGUGUGCCGCCAGCAGCGGAGCUCUUCAAGCCGCUCGGAACCCAUUGCUUAGAGGGUUCACAGGCCCGGGCCCGCCAGCUCUCCGGACUCGGGUGACUGGCUCAGAGAGGCGGGGUGAGCGGCCUGCUACCGGGAGCGUAGGUGGCCGACCUCCUACUAGGUCUUGCGUGGGGCAGAUGGGGAUCAAGUGGACAUUGCCUGGAGCUCUAUCUCCAAGACGGCCAGUGGACGCAGCCUUUGUUGGCCCCGGGCCUCAAGGCACUCGGAUGUCGGAUGCUGUUCGUAGAACAGCCCGUGGGCAGCCUACCCCCCUGGACGCGCUGCUUCCGUGUCUUUAGUGCUUUGUCCGAGACAAAGCGAUUUAGCCCUGACUACUAGAUCUGGUGCCCCUGGAGGCCCCGAGUCCCUGAAUGAAGCUGGGUUAGGAGACUCCACGGGAGAGUGACCGCCUUCUCAUCAAAGGUGGCAAGAUUGUGAAUGAUGACCAGUCCUUUUAUGCUGACCUGUAUGUGGAAGAUGGUCUGAUUAAACAAAUUGGAGAAAACCUCAUCGUCCCUGGGGGCAUCAAAACCAUUGAUGCUCACGGCCUGAUGGUGCUGCCUGGGGGAAUUGACGUCCACACCCGGCUGCAAAUGCCUGUGCUGGGCAUGACCCCAGCAGAUGAUUUCUGUCAGGGCACCAAGGCGGCCCUAGCAGGCGGGACCACUAUGAUACUGGACCAUGUGUUCCCUGAGGCUGGUGUGAGCCUCCUGGCGGCCUAUGAACAGUGGAGAGAGCGAGCGGAGAGUGCAGCCUGCUGUGACUACUCCUUACAUGUGGACAUUCCCCGCUGGCAUGAGAGCACCAGAGAGGAGCUGGAGGCCCUAGUCAGAGACAAAGGUGUGAAUUCCUUCUUGGUCUUCAUGGCAUACAAGGACAGGUACCAGUGUACUGAUGGUCAGAUGUAUGAAAUCUUCAGCCUCAUCCGGGACCUGGGAGCCUUGGCCCAAGUGCACGCAGAAAAUGGGGACAUCGUGGAGGAGGAACAGAAGCGCCUACUGGAGCAAGGCAUCACUGGCCCUGAGGGCCAUGUCCUCAGCCACCCAGAAGAGGUAGAGGCCGAGGCCGUGUACAGAGCAGUCACCAUUGCCAAGCAGGCCAACUGCCCACUCUACAUCACCAAGGUGAUGAGCAAGGGAGCUGCUGACAUGGUUGCCCAAGCCAAACGCAGGGGGGUGGUCGUCUUUGGGGAACCUAUCACUGCCAGCCUGGGCACUGAUGGCUCACACUACUGGAGCAAGAACUGGGCCAAGGCUGCGGCCUUCGUCACUUCACCCCCCAUCAACCCAGACCCUACCACAGCAGACCACCUCACCUCCCUGCUGUCCAGUGGGGACCUCCAGGUAACGGGCAGUGCACACUGUACCUUCACUACUGCGCAGAAGGCCGUUGGCAAAGACAACUUCACACUGAUUCCAGAGGGUAUCAAUGGUAUAGAAGAGCGCAUGUCUGUGGUCUGGGAGAAAUGUGUGGCUUCGGGGAAAAUGGAUGAGAAUGAGUUUGUUGCUGUGACCAGUACAAACGCUGCCAAAAUCUUCAACUUUUACCCCAGGAAGGGGCGUGUGGCUGUGGGCUCUGAUGCUGACCUGGUCAUCUGGAACCCCAGGGCCACGAAAGUCAUCUCUGCCAAGAGUCACAACCUGAACGUAGAGUACAACAUCUUUGAAGGAGUGGAGUGCCGAGGAGUGCCCACGGUGGUCAUAAGUCAGGGCAGAGUGGUGCUGGAAGAUGGGAACCUGUUUGUCACCCCAGGGGCUGGCCGCUUCAUUCCCCGGAAGACGUUCCCUGACUUUGUCUAUAAGAGGAUAAAGGCUCGCAACAGGCUAGCAGAGAUCCACGGUGUGCCCCGAGGCCUGUACGAUGGGCCCGUCCAUGAGGUGAUGUUACCUGCCAAGCCAGGGGGUGGCACACCAGCUCGUGCAUCCUGUCCGGGCAAGAUCUCAGUGCCACCCGUGCGCAACUUACACCAGUCGGGGUUCAGCCUAUCUGGGUCUCAGGCUGAUGAUCACAUCGCCAGACGUACAGCUCAGAAGAUCAUGGCACCCCCCGGAGGACGCUCCAACAUCACUUCUCUUUCCUAGACUUGGGGUCUGGCAAGCUGGUGCUUUCCCCACUGGCAGGGUGUGGGGACCACUCACUUCAGUUAGCUCCUUCCUUUGUAGAUGUUAUUGUGAAAGGUGCUCAGCCUUGCCCUCCCGUACCCCACAAACUCUCCCUUUGGAAUCCCAGAUCCCACUAAGAGGUACCCACUCCAGAGGGCUGAAUCCAGGGAGAGUUCACUGCCAGAGUGAGAGGACUAGGCGUGGCGGUGAGCAGGCGCCUCUCGCCCACUUGCCCUUACCAGGAAGGCCUUCCUUCCAUGAGAGCUCUCUCUGCCUUGAGCCUCUGAGCCUUCCAGAGUCUGGGACUGGGCAGGGUGGGCAUUUGCUGCUGCCUCCCCCUAAGGAAUCACUGCCCUGGGGAAGCCCCCAAGCUUCCACCAGCUCCAUGUUUCUAAGGUGCAGCUACCCCUUGGGGGCCUGUCCCCCUGAAUCCCCUGGUGUGGGGAGGAGAGCCAGUGAAUGGAGCCCCCGCCUUGCGGGGCAGCUGUGACUUCAGGGAUCCACCAGUUACUCAGUGCAGGUAGCUCCCUCCCACAUAUACACCUCCAAGGACCAAACCUGAGCUCCGAUAGCAGCCCCUUCUAGGGAGUUUUAUGACCCCUUAGCGAAGACACUUUCCUUUUCCUGCAAAGUGUGUUUCCAUAGGUUUAUUUAGAGUAGCCGUUUUGUACUGUGAGGAAGCCGUAGCCAGGGAUCUGCAUGCUGCUGUACCAGAUGCUGGCCACCGGCCAAGCCUGAUGUGAGUCGGGUCAAUAAAAAAGUCUGGGUUAGAA